UUCCGUAACACACUUUACGAAUAGAGCGUUAAAUUGAAAUCAAUGUGAUUUAAUUUCACACGUGUUUUGAGUGGUAUUGGCUUUCAAUGCAAUUAUCUGUCACUCAUUGACCACAACAUCACAUCCAGAAGAGAGACAAUGAAAGUAAAAGUGUUGAGUCGGAGUCACAUGCAGUACAUGAGGGAAACCAAACAUGACAUCCAUAAGGUUGAACGCAAUUAUAGUCCAAAUCUUCAUCCGUUUGAGACAAACCGCGAAUACAAGAGAGCCAUAAAUGCUGUCAAAAUUGACCGAAUGUUUGCUAAGCCUUUCAUGUCAUCACUUGAGGGCCACUCAGAUAUUGUGCAAACUCUGGCCAAACACCCGACAAAGCUAUCGACACUGUUGUCCGGCGCCGCCAACGGAGAGAUCAAAGUAUGGGAUAUAAGUGAUGGCAAGUGUCUGAAAGCCAUCACUGCUCACAACUCUAUUGUCCGCAAUAUAUGUGUUCCUCUUCACGGAAACUACUUCUUCUCCGUCGACGACUCCAACAUAAAACAGUGGAGUUUUGACCACAUUUACAACACAUCCACCCAUUCAUCACAAGCUCUUCAGCCAAUGAAUACUCUAAUCUCGAAAACAGUUAUUCACGGAAUGGAUAUUCAAAGAAAUAAACCAUUUUUGAUGACUUGCGGCGAAAAAGUAGAUCUUUGGGAAGAGAGUCGACCGCAACCGUUGAGGACAUACCGAUGGGGUGUCGAUAGCGUUAAUUGCAUUAAAUUUAAUCCAAUCGAAACAGACCUCUGCAUCGGUGCCGCCAGUGAUAGGAGUUUACAGAUAUAUGACAUCCGAAAGUCAGAACCGUUGCGUAAAGUUGUGUUGAAUAUGCGAACCAAUAAUAUUGCGUGGAAUCCAAUGGAAGCGUUUGUCUUCACGGCCGCCAACGAAGACAGCGAUUUGUAUACAUUCGAUAUGAGGAACUUAAAGGCCGCUCUUCAGGUGCAUAAGGAUCACGUCUCGGCUGUCAUUGAUGUCGACUAUUCGCCCACUGGUAAAGAGAUUGUGUCCGGAAGUUAUGACAAGACUAUACGUAUAUUUGGUACCGAAUCGGGAAGAAGUCGUGACGUUUAUCACACGAAACGUAUGCAAAGGUUAACAUCGGUUGUGUGGACCGCAGACAACAAAUACAUUAUCUCAGCCUCUGAUGAAAUGGACAUAAGAGUCUGGAAGGCCUUCGCGUCCGAGAAGUUAGGCUUUAAGACGUUUAGAGAACAAUCGACUUUCGAUUAUCAGAACAAAUUGAUGGAAAAGUAUGCAAACCAUCCGGAAGUGAAACGCAUAGCCCGUCACCGACACGUUCCCAAACAUGUCGUCCAAUCAUCUAAAGAGAAACGUCUUAUGGUUUCCGCUGAGAAACGCAAAGAAUCCAAUCGUCGGCUUCACUCUAAACCGGGAACUAUUGGUUUUGUAUCCGAAAGAACUAAAGCUAUUGUCUCCGAAGAAAAA